UUCAGGGACUUCGACAGAUUCACGUGUCCAUAAGCCAGAGAAUCAUCAUAGCUGUCUUCAACAACAGGCUUCACCUGUCUCAUCUCAUCUUCUAUUUAACCCACAAAAGGAGAGGAACAUGUCAUCAACAUCUUUUGACAAGAUCCUGCGACCCAUUUUGGCCGCUAUUUUUUUUCUGGGAUUUUCUUUCACUGCCUUUUUUAUGUAUUUUAAGCCAACCACUAGCUGGUUAUAUGACAUUGUAGAGUCAACAACAUCCACAGUUGAAGAAAACAAGCCCUUCUUCACUAAAAGUGCUACAAAUGUUACCAUAGUGCUACUCUGGUUUUGGCCCUUUGGACAAAUCUUUGACCUGAACGUCUGCAGCUCACUCUACAAAAUUGAAGGAUGCUUCCUCACAGCAGACAGAAACUUUUAUAAUCAGUCGGAUGGGGUUGUCAUGCAUCACAGAGAGAUCUCCAGUGACCUUUCCAACCUGCCGCAUCUCCAGCGACCACAUUUCCAAAAGUGGAUAUGGAUGAACAUGGAGUCGCCGUCACAUUCGUCCAUGAUCCCUGGAAUGGAUAACUUGUUCAAUCUGACUCUCAAUUAUCGCCGCGACGCUGACAUUGAAGUUCCUUAUGGAUCCCUAAUAGCAAGAGAGACUGAAGAGAACUUUGUUCCACCUACAAAGGACAAGGUGGUUUGCUGGAUUGUUAGCAACUGGGACGUGAGCCAUUUGCGGUCAAAAUAUUAUUUCCAACUUCAAAGGCACAUUGCUGUUCGUGUAUAUGGGAAUGCCUUCAAUAAGCAUCUUCCUGAUGAGGAUUAUGUUUCUACUCUGGCCAGCUGUAAGUUCUACUUGGCUUUCGAGAACUCGAUCCACAAGGACUACAUGACUGAGAAACUGUACAACCCGCUCUCUGUGGGCACAGUUCCGGUGGUUCUCGGCCCACCGAGGAAGAACUAUGAGAACUUUCUUCCAGGAGGUGCUUUCAUCCACAUUGAUGACUUUUCUUCAGCCAAGGAGCUGGCUGAGUACCUGCUGCUCCUGGACAAGAAUAAUGAAAUGUACCUCAGGUACUUUAAGUGGCAGCGGUACUUUAAAGUCAAGUCAGUCUAUUUCUGGGCGGAGCACACAUGCAAGGCUUGUGAUUAUCUAAAACGACAAAAGGCGUACCAGGCAUUCAAUAAUCUUAACAGGUGGUACUGGGGCUAAUAGUGCUAUGAAAGAGGAGAAGCUGCUGCUGAGACUGGGGGUCUGCUGCUGGGAGAAGGUGCUUGCACGUGUGAGAGUGUUUGGUGAGAAUAAACAGUUUCUGCACGAAAACUCCGUGUCCUCUCUGUCCUGUCG